AUGAAGGCGACAGAGCUCCCGGUCUACCUCAUUAACGGUCAACAACCUGGUCCAUUAAUUGAGGCCGAGGAAGGAGACGAACUCGAAAUCUUUGUGCAAAAUGAUCUACCCGUUGAGCAAACCAUUCACUGGCAUGGUAUUUUGCAGGACGGAACUCCAGACAUGGACGGAGUGCCGGGUGUCACCCAGUUCCCAAUUCCAGCCACCGGAAAUUUUACGUAUCGAUUCUCUGUCGCCUCUGAAUACGGCUUCUACUGGUAUCACUCUCACUUCCGAGCGUACUACAACGAUGCUAUCCGCGGACCGUUGAUCAUUCAUCCUUCCUCUUCGCGCCGACGCCCCUUUGAGAGCCUCGCUGAGGACAAAGCAGAAUUGAGCAAGAUGCUCCAAGCUGAGAGAGGCGCAAUUCCAGUCGUUUUGGCCGACUGGUACCAUAGACCCUCAGAUAUAGUCUAUGGUGAAUAUUUCACUACUGGAGCAUUUCCUCAGUGCGUGGACAGCCUCCUGGCUAAUGGACAGGGCAGAGUACGAUGCCUACCCCAGAACGUGCUACAGGCUGGACCAGGACUGGGAAUACAGUCCGACGUUGCAAACGAUCCGCAUGAUUCAGUACCUAUGGACUCGACAAUGUCAAUGCCAUCCAUGUCAGACACCUCGAAUAGCGACAUGCCUAUGCCAACAUCUACCACUACGGCCUUGAUUUCCAUGGACUCAUCUAUGAGCAUGCGCAAGAGGUCGGAGCACAGUUCAAUGUCGAUGUCAGAUUCCAUGCCAACUGACACGAGUACGGCGUCCCCAACAGGAACAUCCAACCCCGACAUGACCACCAUGUCUGGCAUGUCUGACAUCUCAACGCUUGGCCCUAAAGGCUGCAGCAUGCCGAUGAUGUUUAAGCCAGGUUUCAAUGCCAGUUCUCUUCCGCAAGAGACAUGCAGCAACACCACCAGUGACGUCUUCAUGUUUGAUGUUGAUGCCUCACGCGGAUGGGCUGCUCUUCAUUUGGUUAAUGCAGCGGCGGUCAGCAGGAUGAGUGUUUCACUUGAUGGACACUCGAUGAUUGUGUAUGCUGCAGAUGGACUAUAUGUGGAACCGCAAGAAAUCAAAGUAUUGCACAUUUCGAUUGGCCAACGGUACUCCGUAAUGGUUAAACUUGAUCAGCAACCGGCGAUGUACUCCUUACGUUUCGCUUCAUAUCCCUAUGGCGAUAUGCAGCAAGUAAUUGAAGGUUAUGCGCUGAUGUCGUACAAGAACACCAGUAUGGACUCUCAGAUGACCGUCGUUGAGGAUCCGGCCUUAUCUUGGAUGCUGGUGAAUGGCUCUGCGAAGUUGGACGCUCCUGAACUGGACGACCACAACCUUCCACCUUUCGAAAGUGUCACACCUCCCACCGGAUCGCCUGACUUGACACAACUUUUUUCAAUCAAUCAAACUGGGAUCGUGACCUGGGUGAUUAGCGACCAGCCAUAUUCAGAGCCGAGACGCCCAAUCAUCUACGGCAAUGCUUCUGAUGCUUGGGAAUCUGCUACCACUUUACACUUGCCAGGCAAUUCGACUGUUGACCUUGUUAUGCAUGUUGCAAAUGAUUCUAUGGACGUGAUGGGACAUCCCAUUCAUCUUCACGGCCACAAGUUUUGGUUCCUUGGAGCUGGCGAGGGCAUGUUCCCGUAUGACUCUGUUGACGCUGCACCUUCAUCAAUGAUUAACUUGAAAAACCCGCCAUUUCGCGACACAAUAGACUUGCCAGCGUCUGGAUGGGCGGUUAUCCGCUAUGUCACAGAUAACCCGGGAGCGUGGCUACUUCACUGCCAUGUGCAGUGGCAUCUAGUGAGCGGAAUGGCUGUGGUCCUGGUGGAAAAUGAGCAGCAACUGUUCGGCAUGGUUGGGUCCAUUGACAACGCAGCCAACAAUCCCAACAUGACCAGCAUGGAAAAUCGCGGUGCUCCAUUGACACUCGAGGCAACACAGUCAAUCUUCCUUUUCGCCACCAUCUUGUUCACCACAUUUACCGUUUUUUACGGAUAG